AUGAAACUGCUACGGCAGAGAAUAGAAGAGAAUCCUGAGGAAAACUAUUAUUUGUACGCAGUUAAGAUGAAGACGGUAAAGGAGGAUAAAUUAAAGUUUUGUCUUUUUAUCUACAGACAAAUUGGGAAUAUGUUGGACCUUAUCCAACCAGAGUUGCAUGCACAGAUGUUUGUGAGUAUAAUCUGUGGCAUUCCAAAGCUUGUGGUCGAUAUCUAUCAUAUUCUCUUAGUUAUUGAAGAACACGAGCCAAAAACAGCUUUGGGGUUCACUGUAAUGCAUAUAAUUCAUGUUUCGUUUUUGCUCAUGUCUCCAUCUGUCGUAAUCGAAUUGUUUCAAGUUGAGAUUGAGAAAAUCAGAUUACAUUUGAUACAUCAAAUAAUUGAUAGUAGCGAUCCAAAGAUGAAAGAAGAUGCCCAAAUUUUUCUUCAAUACUCCGAAAUCAGAUCACUAAAGAGCAAACUAUGGAGAUGUAUUCCUAUAAAUAUAGCAUUGCUCUUGGAAAUUUUAAAUAUUUGUUACUCAGCUAUAAUUGUUAUUAUCAAUUUUACAGAUUUGUAUUAA